AUGGCAAAGGAUGGCCAAGAUACCUCGGCAGGGCGUCCCAGAUGUGAGACCUCCAACUUCGGAAUCUACGCUGUUCUGAGGCAGACCAUGCUGGCGUCGAAGCAAUUUUCCAGCACUUGGAUCCCACCGGACUCUCGACUGCAACAGUUUUGGGAUCUGCUGCGCGUUUUUGAUGCAAUCUGCUCCUGGGUUCGUGUCGUUGUGUCGUUGGACUCGGUGGGGAACGGGACUCAGGAAGUGGAACGCUCGGGAAGGAGGAGCUGCUGUCCAUCCUCUCUGGCCUUGGCGUUUCUGAUCAAGAGCAAGAUGUUCAGACAGAGCUCAACAUCUCAGAGCCGAAUGACCUUGGUCUCUUGGCGCGGCUCCGUGGAGGAUGUUGAGGUUCCAAGGUGGAAGCGGAGGUCUGGCGAUCUGGGGGAAGUUGUUUCCACAUUGGGAUCCACAGGGACAAAGUUUCACAGAGUUGAGAAGUAUUCACGAGGCGGAGACAUCCUGCAGGCUGCGAAAGAAGGCAACGUCGGAGCUGUCCGACACUUGCUGCAGGUGGACCCCCAGAGCCUGGAGCAAGUCGACAGACUAGGCGUCGGGCCGCUGGCGUAUGCGGCUGUGGAAGGCCACCUGGAGGUGGUCCAGGUGCUGCUGGCCGCGGGCGCCUCCGUCGAGGCGAAGAACCACAACGGCCGCGGCCCUCAGAGACGGGACGGAUGUGACAGGACGGACGUGGUGGGAAGGCGGUGCAACAGGCGCAACGGGCCGUUGCACUUUGCGGCUCAGGAAGGCCACCCGGAGGUGGUCGAGGCGCUGCUCGCCGCGGGCGCCUCCGUCGAGGCGAAGGAUGACGACGGCCGCGGCCCCCAGAGACGGGACGGCGACGAGCCGCUGGCGAUGGCGGCUGCCGAAGGCCACCUGGAGGUGGUCGAGGCGCUGCUGGCUGCGGGCGCCUCCGUCGAGGCGAGGGGUAGCGUCGGUCGGACACCGCUGCACGACGCGGCGAAACGGGGCCACACCGCCGCUGUGGAGCAGCUCCUCGCCGCGGGCGCCGCCGUGGAUGCUGCGAACAACGAAGGUCGGACACCGCUGCACUACGCGGCUUUCAACGGCCACGCCGCCGUCGUGGAGCAGCUCCUCGCCGCGGGCGCCGCCGUGGAUGCUGCGAACAACGAAGGUCGGACAGCGCUGCACUGGGCGGCUAUCGACGGCGACGCCGCCGUCGUGGAGCGGCUCCUCGCCGCGGGCGCCGCCGUGGAUGCUGCGGACAACGAAGGCGACACGCCGUACGACAGAGCCAAGCACUUCGGCCGCCGGAAGGUGAUGGGUGUCCUGGACCCGGUCCCUUGGCGCUGGGAUGAACAUCCCUUGGUGGACCAGGGCUUCGGCACACGUAAUUCUUACCACGAGACGGUGCAGGAAUUGAAGGAAGAAGCAGAGCAGCUUGGCUUUCUCUGCAAGACGCCGUACGACUACGCCAAGCAAAACGACCACCGGCAGGUGAUGGGUGUGCUAGACCCGGUAUUUGUGGCCCUUCUCAGUGGCCGGAGCUGCAAAUGUAGUUCUUAUCACGAGACGGUGCAGGAAUUGAAGGAAGAUGCAGAGAAGAAACUCGGAAUCACCAUCCAGCGUCUCAUUGGGGUGAACAUGGAACCAUUGAACGAAGCAAAGACUUUGAAAGAAGCCGGUGUUUUGCCUGGACAUACGUUGACCGCAGUCAUCGCGCCAGCAGCGGGGCAGGGUGACGUCUCAGAGGAGAAGCAGUUGCCAGAGGAUGAAGGCGAUCUGCAAAAUCCCAACGACUUCAUCGAGUUCCUCAUCUCCGCGAAUAUUCGGCUGGUCCGCGCCGAGUUUUUGAUCGAGCUGGAUGAGACUGGGACCCCCAUGCCUCGCCGACAAGAGGCAGAGUUCAUGCACGUGCAGAGUGGGGCAACUGCACUGGUGGAGCUUGGUGAGUACAAAGAGUUGCACGUGAAUCAAACAUCAGGACACGUCACAAUCCGCACGGCUGAGGGCCCCUCCAUAGUGCGAUUCCGGUCAAUCUCCCACAUGUGGGAGGCAAUGGAGCAUCCGGAUCCCUGGGGAUUCCAGGUCCGCAGCAUUGUGGAGAGGUACCGAGAAUUACCCAAGGAUUCGGUGACUUGGGUCUUCGUGGACUUCCUGUCGCUGUAUCAGUACAAGAGAUCUGCUGAAGAAGAUGAGUUCUUCAGGAAGGGGCUGAAGCGAAUGCACUGGCUGUACAGUCAUGAGAUUGUGCAGGUAGACAUCCUCACUGAACUCACACCUGAGGACAAGAAGUUCGAGGGCGAGAUUUUGGUGUACAACGCGACGGAAGACCAGGUGAAAGUGACACCAAUCUGCGAGCUGAGGCUGAACAACACCCCCUAUGAGCUUCGAGGUUGGUGCCAGAGUGAAUCUGAGUGGUCCCGCCUGCGUAUGGAUGUGCUUGGAGGUUGUAUUCCCACUCCUCCAGAAAUAUUCAGGAAGAGGAUGCAACGGAUGCGGUUCACGCAUCGAAAUGAUGCCGAGCAGGUGCUUGCAUUGCAAGAAAAGGUGUUCAGAGACAAAGUCUCCAGGACAACACACUUGCAGCUCCAACAACUCUCUGGGGAUGACUUGGAAUGUCUACAUGACGCCUUGCCACACUACACCAAACUGGAGUACAUGGUGGUGAACGGCAAUGCCCUGAAGGGGCAAGAUGCCGCGGCGAUGGUGACCUCAGGUGCGGCGGACAUCCAAAUGGAGUCGUGUUCUCUACAAGAUGAAGAUGCAGGUGCAAUAUCAGAGGCACUGAUGAGCUCAGCUGCUGAUCGAUUGGAACAUCUGAGUCUGACUGGAAACCGCUUCAGUGACAUCGGGACAGCUGCCCUUCGCAAAGUGAUGGAGCAGCGACCGCAGCUGAAGAUCCGAUUGUAG